UACCAUAGCAACAGCGCACAGACGUCCACAGACAACAUGGCAAAAGUAACAACUGUACGAGAGGCUCUGUCCAAAUGGGAGGAGAAGACAGGCGAAAAAGCAAAUGAAGCCAAAGCAGUGAAACUUUAUGGUCAGGUGCCCCCCAUAGAGAAGAUGGACCCCUCUCUCUCCACGCUCAGCAACUGCGAGAAACUAUCGUUGUCUACAAACUGCAUUGAGAAGAUAACAAAUCUCAAUGGUCUAAAGAAUUUAAAGAUAUUAUCACUGGGUCGAAAUAACAUCAAAGCACUGACUGGUUUGGAGGCUGUUGGCGAUACACUGGAGGAGCUGUGGAUUUCUUAUAACUUAAUUGAGAAAUUAAAAGGUAUCCAAAGUAUGAAGAACCUUAAAGUCUUGUACAUGUCCAACAACCUGGUCAAAGAAUGGGCUGAGUUUGUGCGGUUAGCUGAACUGCCCUGCCUUGUGGACCUGGUUUUUGUUGGUAACCCUCUGGAAGAAAAGCACUCGGCCGAAGGAAAUUGGAUGGAGGAGGCGUCAAAGAAACUCCCCAACUUAAAAAAACUGGAUGGAACACCAGUGAUCAAACAAGAGGUGGACGAUGGAGAAGCCGAUAUCUGAAGGAUGGAAAGAUUGUCCAUGUUUUUGUCUGUUGUUCUUAUUACCAUUAUAAGCAAAUCCAGAUGUAAAAUUUCAAAGGGCUUGCGGAAUAGCCAAGAUAACUACUGCUGUUUACAUUAUAAGCACAGUUCAUGAUGCAGUUGUUCAUGUUAAAAUCAUUCUAAGCUAUGAAGGAUAUUUUUAGUUUUAUAAAUGUGUUUUUACUAUCACAAAAAGCACACAGGUACCAUAGGACCAAGUGUUAAAGCAACAUUACUGGACAUUUUUUGGUCCAGUGUCUCGAAGAACAAUUUUGUAAACAGAAAAUUGUACGCUCCUAUUGUCUUUGGUUCAAAUUACCAAAGCAAACUGGUCUCCUUAAAUUUUCUCAGGGAGUAUCUCAAAAGUACCUUAAUUUAAUAAUGAAGCAAAUUGUAGCAUUGUUUUGUAAUAAAAUAAAAAGGGACUUGAUGCCUGAAAUAAUCUCUGCACUGUGUUGUGAGCGCUUCCUCUGCCAAAUACUGGACUUGUUUUGGCACAGGUUUAAUCUGUGUAUUUCUCUGUAAUCUGUUGCAUUUGUGAAUAAUUUAGUCUAUUGUAUUCCGUAUUGUCAUGUAAUAGUUUGUUGAGAGAUUGUA